UUUUUUCUUUAAUUUUUUUUUUUUUUUCUUUAAGGCGAUUCUCGAGGCUUUUUAGCUGCGGGAGGAGUGCCCCCCUCCUCCUGGUCUCCCGCCUCUUACUCCUUCGGGAUCGGUUUUUGUCGAGAACAUUUUGCCCCACGCUUUGGCGGGUGACUUGGGUCCGUCACCCUCCGGGUCUGAGGUUUUUUUUUUUUUUUUUAAUCCUUUUCCUUUUUUUUUUUUUUUUUCUUUUUUCCUUUUAAAUCUCGUUCCCUUCUUGUUUGUGUUGUGUGUGGAAAUGGCGAACUCGGCAAACACAAACACCGUGCCUAAAUUGUAUAGAUCUGUGAUUGAAGAUGUUAUUAAUGAUGUCCGAGACAUCUUUCUGGAUGAUGGAGUGGAUGAACAAGUCCUGAUGGAACUAAAAACUUUGUGGGAGAAUAAAUUAAUGCAGUCUAGGGCAGUAGAUGGAUUUCAUUCAGAAGAGCAGCAGCUUUUGUUGCAAGUUCAGCAGCAGCAUCAACCCCAACAGCAGCAGCAUCACCACCACCACCACCACCAGCAAGCGCAACCUCAGCAAACGGUACCUCAGCAAGCACAGACCCAACAGGUCCUUAUACCUGCAUCACAGCAAGCUACAGCACCACAAGUUAUUGUUCCUGAUUCGAAGUUAAUACAGCAUAUGAAUGCAUCAAGUAUUACGAGUGCUGCUGCUACAGCUGCUACCUUGGCACUCCCUGCAGGCGUGACUCCUGUUCAACAGAUAUUAACAAAUUCAGGCCAACUUCUUCAGGUGGUCCGAGCAGCCAAUGGUGCCCAGUAUAUCUUUCAACCUCAGCAAUCAGUUGUUCUACAACAACAAGUUAUACCACAGAUGCAGCCUGGUGGAGUACAAGCUCCUGUUAUCCAGCAGGUCCUAGCCCCACUUCCUGGAGGGAUUUCACCACAGACCGGUGUCAUCAUCCAGCCACAGCAAAUCUUAUUUGCAGGAAAUAAGACUCAGGUCAUCCCUACUACAGUGGCAGCACCCACAGCAGCACAAGCACAGAUACCUGCAGCUGGCCAGCAGCAGCCACAGGCCCAGCCUGCUCAGCAGCAAGCUCCAUUGGUGCUGCAGGUUGAUGGAACGGGAGAUACAUCAUCUGAGGAAGAUGAAGAUGAGGAAGAAGACUAUGAUGACGAGGAGGAGGAAGAUAAAGAGAAAGAUGGAGCUGAAGAUGGGCAGGUAGAAGAAGAACCCCUCAACAGUGAGGAUGAUGUAAGUGACGAGGAAGGGCAGGAACUCUUUGAUACAGAAAACGUUGUUGUAUGCCAAUAUGAUAAGAUACACAGAAGUAAAAAUAAAUGGAAGUUUCAUCUCAAGGAUGGCAUUAUGAAUCUUAAUGGAAGAGAUUAUAUAUUUUCCAAAGCAAUUGGAGAUGCAGAGUGGUGAAGAGUUGCUUCUUUCCUUUUAUACGUAAGACAAAAGAAACUUAAAAAGUUAAAAUGGACGGUUUGAAACUUGGAACAUAUAUCAACCAAAACUUCACUUCUGCAUGUCAGAAAGCUCAGUAGAAGCAAAGCUCCUGGAACAAAGCGACCGUGACAACACAGACACUACUAACUGGCAAGCCAUGGAACUGUAGCACCUGGGGUU